CUACAAACCAGACUUGUAGAGUAAAAUUACCUCAUCAAAAAGGCCAACUUUGAAAGUUUCCUCAAGACCUACCUGUGCAUACAGGCUGACCCAGCAAAAACAAACAAACAAACAACUGAGAUUUACAGCCUGAGAUGGAUGGCAGUAAUUGCAAAGUUAUUGCUCCUCUCCUAACUCAGAGAUACCGGAGGAUGGUCACCAAGGAUGGCCACAGCACACUUCAAAUGGAUGGUGCGCAAAGAGGUCUUGUGUAUCUUCGAGACGCCUGGGGAAUCCUGAUGGACAUGCGCUGGCGCUGGAUGAUGUUGGUCUUUUCUGCUUCUUUUGUUGUCCACUGGCUUGUCUUUGCAGUGCUCUGGUAUGUGCUAGCUGAGAUGAAUGGUGACCUGGAACUAGACCAUGACGUCCCACCUGAAAACCACACUAUCUGUGUCAAGUACAUCACCAGUUUCACGGCUGCGUUCUCCUUCUCCCUGGAGACACAACUCACAAUUGGUUACGGUACCAUGUUCCCCAGUGGUGACUGUCCGAGCGCAAUCGCCCUACUUGCCAUACAAAUGCUCCUAGGCCUCAUGCUGGAAGCUUUCAUCACAGGCGCCUUUGUGGCGAAGAUCGCCCGGCCAAAAAACCGAGCGUUCUCCAUCCGCUUCACUGACUUGGCAGUCGUGGCUCACGUAGACGGCAAGCCUAACCUCAUCUUCCAAGUGGCCAACACUCGACCUAGCCCUCUGACCAGUGUUCGGGUCGCAGCUGUCCUCUAUCAGGAGAGAGAAAACGGAGCGCUCUACCAAACCAGCGUGGACUUCCACCUCGAUGGCAUCAGCUCUGAGGAAUGUCCGUUCUUUAUCUUCCCACUAACCUACUGCCACUCCAUUACGCCUUCGAGUCCUCUGGCCACUCUGCUCCAGCACGAAAACCCUCCCCACUUUGAACUCGUGGUGUUCCUCUCAGCAAUGCAGGAAGGCACUGGAGAAAUAUGCCAGAGGAGGACAUCCUACCUGCCCUCUGAGAUCAUGUUACACCACUGUUUCGCCUCUCUGCUGACCCGAGGUUCCAAAGGUGAAUAUCAAAUCAAGAUGGAGAAUUUUGACAAGACUAUUCCUGAACUUCCCACUCCCCUGGUCUCUAAGCGCCCAAACAGGACUGAGCUGGACAUCCGUAUCAAUGGACGAAGCAUUGACAAUUUUCAGAUCUCUGAAACAGGACUGACAGAGUAAGAUGUAUCCACAGUGCCCUAUUUUUUAAUGUAUUAAAUAUAUCCAGCCAGUUACACAGCUACUUUUCCUUCAUCAUAUCUCAUGUUUUCUUUUUUUCCCCCCAACACUGAUUACAUCUCUCUGAUUAUAUCAUGCCUAUGCCCAUAAAAAAUGGCUGAGCUAACAAUACACAUUCUGGAAAUACAAUAUUCUACUUUACAGAGUUUGUAUCUGUGGUUAUCUGCUGAAAUCAGUGCCUCUCAACAUAGCAGAAAUGCUGAUGAAUUUAUGAAGAUGUGGUUUGCGACCAACAAUGAAGGUAAAAUGGACAGUGAAAUUUAACACAGUUGAACUCUAAGAAAAUUAACCAUAAAUCUCUCAUUUUCAUCUGCAAGUUAAAGCAAGAGUUUAGUUUCAAACUGAGCUCCCUAGGUAGAUAAUGAUUUCACAAUAUUUAGUGAACAUCCUUUUAAAACUGUUAUUUUUUUUUCAAGACAACAAAGAUCAUUCCUUUGGUUCUUUAUACUACAAAACUGGGGUAAGUAAUACCCCCUUAAUUUUUAACAGCUAAGAACAAUACUUCACAAGGAAAACAGCAAAGUAUAGGUUUAUGCAUAACUUCAAAAGCAUUUCAACAUGACACCCAAACACAUGGUCAUGUAUUUGUGGCAGAACAUGAUCAGAGCACAUAAGAAAAGCUCCAGCCCAAUGGAACCUGUGGUAGUCCUUUGGGCAAGGAGAUACCAAGUUAUAGCUACAUUAAAGCUACCCUGCACAGUAAUCAAAUAGCAAUAUAAAAUGUAUCAUCGACUGCUCAUUAAAUGGCUUGCAACCUAAGUAAAAACAUUCCCUUCCUACCUACAAGCCAUUCAAUAGUACUAAAAAAAAUAGCUAUAAGUUACAAAUGCAAACAUAUUUAAGUUUUUACAGAUAUAAAGGUUUAGUUAGAUAUAAUUCAACAAGGAAAAAAUCUCCAAUAGAUAAAGCAAAAAAUAAUUAGGCAAUGAAAUAUUUUCAAACCCAAAUUCCUGUUUCUAACUUCAAAUAGUUUUUUCUAUAAACACAAAAUGAGUGUUUAUUCACCAGUAGGAGGUUGGACUACAUGAAUCUACUAUUUCUUUCCAAAUCCAGUAUCUGCUGAAAAUUCUGCUUUCUGCACUUCAAUUUUUACUCUAUGGAUACUAAGAUGAACCCUUUCCUUUACACAUCCAGUUUAAGACAGUUUAAGACUAUCCUUUGUAUACUUCUCAUUUCAAUAAAAAAAAUAAAACUGUCCUCAAACGAAACAAGAACCAAGUAAGUCACCCUGUCAAUUUUCAAUUGGAUUUGUGGUUGUUCUUUUUUUCUGAAAUUUCCCGUAUUCAGGUUUAGUGGGAAAAGUGAAAGAUUAGCCCUCCCCACUGUGAUGACCCGCGCAGGAACCACCACUGGAAAUGAAUACUAGCUGAGGAAAAGCAAGCAGUUGUGAAGACAGCAAUCAUAGUUUUCUACUCUUUGACCAAAAGGAAAAGAAAUUAAGAAGAACUCUCAAGCUGUCUAAGACUGGUAAUAGCAGAAGAAUGUCAAGGACACAGAAACUUAACUGCUGUGAACCUGCUUUUUGCAAGUCUUCUUACUUUAAGUACUACCCAGACCAACAGGUAUUUUUGACCCAAAACUGUUGUAACACGUGGGCCGCAGUAAUUCUCAUUUCUACAAUAAAGUAACAAGAUUCAUCU